AUGGACACGGCAGUGGUAACGGCGUCGGCGGCGGCAAAAACGGCAACCAGAAUGGCGGCGAAAAUAGAGUGGAAUUUCCUAUACGGAGCGGCUACUGUGCAUGGUUUGACAUUGGUUUCAUCAGCGGCGCCAACCUCAUCUAGUCAAACAAUCAUUGUCAAGGCUUCGUUGGAUCACUUCCGGAAGAAAGCAGCUUCCAUGGCGUUUUCACCCACUGAAGGAGGAUCGAUUAGUACAUUGACCAAUCCAACCAAAGGCGAUAAACAAUUCAGUGCGGGUGAAUUAGACAUGCAAGAGCAAGUAGGACGGAAGUUCGACGAAAUUACCGAUGUCGUUGUGACUAGAAAGAAUGAGCUGGACGACGGACACCAGUUGCCGGAUCAUAGUGGCGUAGGCGAAGAGGAAAUUCCAGUCGUAGGAAUGAGUUUUGGUUCGUUGCCUCUCGCACAGAAAUUUUAUGCAAACUACGCAAAGAAAGUUGGGUUCGUUACUAAAAUCAGGAACACGAAUUUCGACAAGACGCGGAAGGAAUCAAAGAUACCGGUUAAUCAAUCUAUUUAUUGCACGCGAGAAGGUUAUCGAGAGUCUAGGGUGAACGCAGCAACUCGAGCAAACAGAAUUAUAGCCAUGAGAUGCAGAGCAAGGAUGUAUGUCGUGUUGGACAAUGAGAAUAAAUGUUGGGUUGUGUCUAGAUUAGAACUGAGGUAUUCUCACCCCUGUUCAGCUGAGAAAGUUGUCCACUAUCAUGAGUACCGGGAGCUGACCAUGCAUGCUAAGUGUGUCAUUACGUAUAACGAUGAGGCUGGAAUAAGACCCAACAAGACGUAUCUAGCACUGGCAAACGAGGUUGGUGGGUCCACAAACCUGGGUUUUUCAGAAAAGGAUGUCAGAAAUUACAUCACACGCAAUCUCCGAUGCUCCGAUGACAAUGAGGACUUCCAGGGGAUGAUGAAUUAUUUUGUUCGAAUGAAGGAGAUCAAUCCCAACUUCUUUUAUGCAAUAGAUGUUGACGAUGCCAAUAAAUUUAGGAGCGCACUUUGGGUAGAUGCAAGGUGCAGGGCUUCGUAUGAAUAUUACGGAGAUGUGGUUACAGAAGAAAUAGGUGUAAACCACCAUGGGAAGUCUACUCUUCUUGGCUGUGCUUUACUUGGGAGCGAGGAGAUCUCUAGUUUUGAGUGGGUGUUCACGCAGUGGGUGAGAUACGUUGGGACUGCACCAAGGGGGAUUAUCACUGACCAGUGCAAGGCGAUGACUGGUGCUAUUAGGAAUGUCCUACCUGACACUGUCCAUCGAUGGUGCAUCUGGCACAUAAUGAAGAAAUCACAAUUCAAGCUUGGUGGAUACUCUAGGUACAGAGAACUGAAUGCAAUGAUGAAUCACAUUGUGUGGAAUUCUCCUACGACUGAAUCAUUCGAGUCUGAUUGGGCUGGUUUCAUCAAACAGUUUAAGUUAGGCCAAAACAGAUGGUUAGCAGAACUUUACUCGAAUCGACGGAAAUGGGUUCCAAUAUUUUUCAAGAGUGAAUUUUGGGCAGGCAUGAGGAGUACACAGCGUAGUGAAAGUAUGCACGCAUUUUUUGGUGGAUACCUGCAUUGCAAGAGUGGGUUGGUUCAGUUCGUCUAUGAAUACGACAAUGUCCUUGGAACCAAGGAGCAAAAGGAGCUGGAAGAUGAUGCUGCAGACUCGAAAGGGGUCAUCCCAUGUAUAGGGAGCACCGGCAUUGAGAGACAGUUUCAGCUGGAAUACACCAGUAGUAUGUUCAGGAUUCUUCAACUGGAGGUAAGAAAAAAAACCGAUUGCGUGGUUCGAUUAAUUGAACAAAAGGGAGAUACAAUUUCUAUUACAGUGGACGAGCAGAAGGAGUUUGUUGCUUUUGAUGAGGAAGCAGCCAUCUUGCGAGCUGCCCUUUGGGAUGCAAAGUCCAAGCUGAUUGAUUACCGUGCCCACACAGAGCACAGGCGACGGCCUAAGGGUAAGAGACUUAGAGCAGAGUUGGACAAGUCAAUUAAGAAAACUAUGCAAAAAAGGAAUAGGAAAUCACACCCGGAUGAGGUUGACCUUCCGUCAGAUAAUGAUCAUCAUCGGUCCCUUAAUAAAAGAGUUGAGGAUUCUACUAUGUAG